CGCUUCUCCACUUGCUACGAGCAGUGAAACCGAUUGCCGUGGAUAGAAUACACACUCAGAAAAAUGACAAUGGAUAUGCAGCUUGUGCCUUACUUGCAUCCUACGCUUCCAUGGAACAAUCUCGAUGAAUUAUCCUCGCUCUGGGCAGUCUUCACCAAGUGCAAGCGACAACUUCGGAACGGGUUUCGGCUUGAGAAUAUGACGUGGCGUUUAUGGUAUCGCCAAGCAGUGAUGCAAAAGCAAACAGCACCACCCGCCACGAUCCUUUCACCCGGCCCAUCGUCAACCUUGUCGCAUGAAGAAGACAUCCGAACACGACGCUCCUUAUCACGCUCCCGGUCGUUACCUGAUCUUCGCGUUCCUCGAUUACAGUCCACACAACCACCUUUGAUCCAACCAUUACCACAACCACAACAACAACGAUCCUCUCCUUCCUCUCCUACAACCAACCACAAGUUCUUCAUCGAUGAUGAUGACGAUGAUUUUGACAACGAGGACGAGGACGAUUAUUACCCUGACGAUAGCAGCAUGAACGAAAGCGACGACUACUGGUACAACCGUCCUUCUUCAACGACCACCACAAGCACGGUGUAUUCUUCAACAGUAUCGUCUGUCACAUCGCUUCAUGAGGAUGGACAAACUGUAAAAGAGCAACUGUUUUCUAAGCACGCGCUGAGCAGCAGCAGCAGCAGCAAUCGCGGCCCUUCCUCCGGUUGUACAGUUGCAGCAAAGCCAACAUCAUUGCUUUCCAGCAUGCUACAGCAGCAGCAGCAGCAGCAGCAGCAACAGCAGCCAGUGCGAAAGCAGGAGAAAGCUCCGACGACAUCCAUGUUGCGCCGAUGCAAGGGCUUUUCCCAACAGCUCGACUCUUGGUUUUCAAAAGCAGCUGCUUGAAAUGGUUAAGAUGACAAGCUGUCGUUCUCGCACACUCAACAAAAACGCGCACACGUACGCACCCUUUAGAAUUCCCUGAUUUGUAUACCCCAUUCCUUUUUUUCCUGUUUAUGCCCAAGAGUUACAUUUGUAUAGUUUUUUUUUUUUUUACCUUUACUGUUCUUUGCUUCUCCUGAUACACAUAUAAUAUUCACUGCAUACCCCUCUACUUCUUUUUAUGAGAAUACAUCUCACUAAUGUUAAUAAAGAGAGAAACCUUCCUAUAUUUUUAUGCACCAUCCGAGAGAUAUCCCGUGAUAUAUCGAUACAUGUGCGGGGGGUGUUUGGAGAGCCGAUCUCUGAAUGUUCUCGAUGAAGUGCAUCUUUAUUGUAGCGUGUUAUGUCGUGUAAACCUUACACAUCCCGCUAGGAGAAUGGAUGCAUCUGAAUGAAAUGAUACUUCUGAGCAGAAAG